AUGGAGGAAUAUAUUACAAGCAUUGAUGAAUUUGAUUGUGGGGAAAGUAGCAGUACUACUGAAGUGCAAAAUAGCGAAGCAGGAUACAGUGCCUCACAAGCUACUUUAGAGAACAGUAACUCUGCUACUAAAUCUAAAGUGGUACAGAAACGUCGAGCAAAAAACCCGCCGGAAUUACAGGAAGUCAGCAAGCAGAUGAACGCUACAUUCAAUACAUUAAAUAUUGUGUUGCUGAACAAGAAAAAUAAGGCAGAUAAAUAA